AUGCCACGAGGGAAGCCAUUUAGUACUAAACAAAAAAAGAAGCAGCUCCAGGAAAGACGUGAGCGAAAACGCCAAGAGAAUGGAGAACACUUUGGCUGUCAAUCAUCUGAUGAUGAUGCUGAUGUGGAAUCAGAGGCGGGACCUGAUAUUAGAGUUGACAAACUCAACCACCAACCAGAGCUCUCGUUGGACCCAGCAUAUCUAGAUCUCAAUAGGUACCGAUUACAUUUCUAUCAAGAGAGCAAUGAUGAAAUUCACAAGAGAAAGGAACUGUCCAGGCAACCUUACCAAAUGGUUGAAGAGACAGCACUGGAGAUGGACAUUGAGUGUAUCUAUCAGACAGGUUCUGUACUGGACAUGCCUAAACGACCCCCAUGGGACUACAACCAGAAAAAGGCACAGGUAGAGGCCAGAGAGGAACGCUUUUUCAAGGAAUACCUGAAGCGGAUCUACGAUGACUAUGACCUCAGUGACCUAAGCUAUUUUGAGCUGAACCUGGAGACCUGGCGUCAACUGUGGCGUGUUUUGGAAAUGUCAGACAUUUUGCUCAUCAUCACAGACAUCAGAUAUCCCGCUUUACAUUUCCCUCCUGCACUCUACAACUAUGUGACUAAAGAACUGAAGAAGAAGGUCAUUCUGACCCUAAACAAAAUCGACCUUGUUCCACCAGCUGUUGUUGUUGCAUGGAAACACUAUUUCCAUGAGCAUUACCCAGACCUGGAGAUUGUCUGCUUUACCUCAUUCCCAAGGGACUUCAAAGACUCCCAUGAUGCUCAGAGCAAGAGACAGGAGGAUCCCAGUAGAGUGGUUCACAAACGGCGUCAACUUGGCCGCAUGGCUGCUGUGGGCCAGAAGGAACUGUUAGAAACAUGUGAGAAGAUAACCCAAGGCAGGGUGGAUUUAUCGGGCUGGCAGGACAAGGUACGACUGAUGCUGGAGGGGGUGGAGACAGGUCAGGACACGGUGGUGAUGGAUGGCUUUACAGAGGAGGCCAGGGAUAAUCCUGUACCCCCAGGGCUGUAUAAGGAUGGUGUUCUCACUAUAGGAUGUGUGGGAUAUCCUAAUGUAGGAAAAUCAUCACUUCUGAAUGGUCUAGUGGGAAAGAAAGUUGUGAGUGUGUCCAAAACUCCAGGCCACACCAAACACUUCCAGACCAUCUUCCUGACCCCUACAGUCAAACUGUGUGACUGUCCAGGCCUCGUGUUCCCGUCUCUGGUGCAGAAACCUCUACAGAUUGUAGCAGGUAUCUACCCUAUUGCUCAAGUGCGAGAGCCUUACACAGCUGUGGGGUUUAUCGCUGAGCGGCUCAACCUGCCAAGCCUAUUACACCUUACCCACCCAGAGGCCAAUGGCGGUGGAUCUGAAGAGGCGGGGGAGCUAAAAUGGAGCGCAUUCCUCAUCUGCCACGCCUGGGCUGAGAAGCGAGGGUUUAUGACGGCCAAGGCAGCACGCCCUGACGUGUACAGGGCUGCUAAUAACAUCCUGAGGAUGACACUGGAAGGGGUGCUGUGUCUCUACUUCAGACCCCCGGGCUACACAGCCAAGAAAGAUUACUGGCAGUCCAGUCCUGAGACAGACGCUUUGUCCAAACUACAGGAACACCAUUACUGUCAGAGGAAGGUGGUGGAGACUUCAGACGACCAGCUGGCCAGCAGUGAGGACGAAGUUGAGGAUAGCAUGGAGGGGAUGUCGCCGUGCGACAAGUCUAAGGCUUUUAUAUUCAAGGCACAUAAAAGGGAGGGUCACAAGAGUGGGGGUAUAGCCAUGAGAAAUGUUUUCGAAUUGCUUAGCGAUGAUUGAAGGGUUUGCUGGAAAUUGUUGGAAAGUAGUUUUGAAAGCAUGAUGAAAACAGUUAGUUCUUGAGUUUAUACCUGUAUACAUGUAUCUGAGAGGUCAGCACUGUGUCUCGUUUUUGGAGGGUAAAGAAUGAAGCAUUUUUUGAAAUGUUUUCUACUGUUUUUGAAUGUUUUUGAUAUCGUUUUUUGAAUGUUUUGCAUUUCAUGUUAUAAUGUUCUGCAUUUCGUUUUUGAAGGUUAAGGGCUGAAGCAUUUUGGAAAUUGAUGCCCACGAUUAUUUGUGAAUGAUGUCCUGUGACUGUUGAUAGGAAACCAGGGUAGGCAUUUGGAAAUGUUUAGUGACAAACAAGUGUGUUGACCACUAGUCUACUGCUACUUGGGUCAGUACUCUUAGAAGCAUAUUUACCUGGUGAAUAAACUGGUCUUUUCUGUUGUAAUGCAAAUUCCUGGAAAAUCAUGGGAUUUUGUUCUCAAUUUUCCAAGCCCAGAAAGUUGUGGACUUUCCUGUAUAUUCCUAACGUUUUGUCAGCCGUCAUAAAAAAUGUCACUUGUUAAAUUCAGUUAGACAAUAACAACUUGACAGUAGUAAGUAGAAGUCAGUGGUGUCACUUAUCUCACCUGAACUAGCCGUGGAGUCAUAAAAGUUCUACACGAACAUGAAGUUUCUCAUCAUUCCAUUUAGUUUCCAAAUUAUACUGUGUUCAGGUGUGCUGGUAUUUAUAGACCACAGAUUCCAAACUAGCAGAAGAUUGUUAGGAUGUCAUUGUGGCAGUGAGUUUGCGGCUGGUGUUUUGACUGACAAAUUUAUGAAAUUAAAGAUGGACUUGGGUGAUUUGGAAUGGGGGCGGGGGUCUAAAACAUCAUGGAAAUUAGCCAUGAAGCAUACUGUAAAAGCAUGGAAUUUUGCCAAGAAUAUGCUGGAAAAUCGUGGAAUUUAUCCAUGAAGCAUACUGUAAAAGCAUGGAAUUUUGCCAAGAAGAUGCUGUAAAAGCAUGGAAUUUUGCCAUGAAGUAUACUGGAAAAAUCUUGGAAUUUAGCCAUGAAAUAUCCAAGCCAUUAAUUAUGGAGUUUAACAUUGAUUUGCUCUGUAAAAUCAUGGAACUUUACCCGUAAGUAUACCCAGUGUUAUAGAAAAUCUUGGAAUUUAACCAUAAUAGGUUGUUCCAUGCAGUUUUUGUAUAGUAUUACCAACCUACUUUCAGUUCUGUUCAGGCACACUGAAUUAACCUAGUAUCUAGCUAUCAAAUGAAACACAUACAUGUAAGGAGUUCAAAUCCAGUUCCUGCUCUAAUCCUUUGUAUAAAGUUUGUCAGGUGCUUUUUAGUGAUCUUGACUCAUAUUUAAUAUAAAGUUAUAUUAUCUUUAAACAUGGCAUAAAACAUAAACAUACCAAAUAUUCUGAAGUUGUUCUCUUGAGUUUUACAAAUGACCGGAAGAUAGGGUGUUUUAUUGGAUUUAUGGUAAAAGUAGUUAUCUUUUGCCAGGGCAGAAAAUAAUGCAUGUAAAUGGUAACUGUCAUCAAAAUUUAAGAAUUCACAAUUAUUUUCUGCAGGUGAAGACUUUAGUCUCAUAAUUAAGCAAAACAUUCAUGCACAGGCUAAAUUGGCAGUAACAGUUUGAAGCUAGAGGAAUCGUGUAGUGUGAAUGUACAAGAUUUUAUUGACAUUCUCAUAUUCCAAUAAGUCACAAUAGUGUAUCCAUAAAUACAUCUUUAAUAUCUUGCAAGUGUAAAACUUUUCCGUCAUAAUUCAUCAUAGGCAAUAUUCAUGUACUGAUUUCCUGUGUAAACUGCAAGCUAAAUUGGUAGUCACUUAGUAGUGGGAAGUUUAAUAAGCUUUUCAGAAUAUGAAAUUAUCUUUUUUCCAAUUGAGUUAUGCCCCUUGGAACACAGUUACAGACCUAGGGUUCUGUAUUUUAAUGAUUACAUGUCUUUUGUGCAUAAUUGUCUGAUUCAGCUAAAGGCCUAUGUAAUUAGGCUUUUUUGAGAAAAACAAGAAAGGGCAUUUAAGUGCACAAUUUUUAUAAUACUCAGAUCAUUUUUCAUUCGAUAAAAAAUUUGGUGCAAUAAAAUGGAAAGAACUCUGAAAGAAUGACAGUAUUAUAGGUCUGGAUUUGAAAUGUACACCUUUAAAAAAAACUGUUACUGUUGCUCAAGGUUUAGAAAUUUUGAAAUACCAAUAAGUAUUUUUUCAAAUUAUAAUCAAAAUUGAGUCAUUUAUAUCUUCUGCCAAUAUGUGGAGAAUGUACUUUUUUUAUCUGAUACAUACAGAUUUGUGAAUAGAUACAGCCUCUGAAAUCAAUCAGGUGACCUCUUUUUGAAGUUUUUGUGCUCUCAAAACAGUUACAGAAUUUGUAAAAAUAAAACUUAUAUUCCUGCUGCAAAGUGUAUGUAGAUGUAGUUACAGUUCAUACAAAUAGUGUAAUUUUCUGAACCUGUUUUAAUAAAUAAGGAAGUGUUUCUUCUACAUUUCACAGCUUCAGAAAAGGUUUUAUUAAGGUAUAAAAUGUAUAUCUGUAGUGUAUAUUGAAUUGAGAUAAGCAAUAUGAUGAAAACGUAAAAAAAAAAAAGGGAUAAAUGUCUUGCCGUAUAAAAGUUUUGUUUUAAAUAAAUCUAUAGCGGUAAACCGUACUAAAUGUCAUGAAUAUUUAUAACAUACUGCUUGUAAAUCUCAUGAAUAUUCAUAAAGAUAUGAUGUCAAGACAUGUUGAUGUCACACAAGCUGCUGUCCAAUCAAAUGUAUCCUGUUUGUGGAUGUAUAUUAACUUUAGCUUCUAUGUAAUUCUCAGGUAACACUUGUCAUCUCUAGAAAAAAAAGAAAUCUCCAAAAAGUGUUCUAAAACGUAUAUGUUAUUUGGUAAAUUGUUGGUAGAUCUAUAGAUGAUAGAAAGAAAGUCAUAGUUCAACUCUGUCUUCAUGACACAAAUUUGGUGCACUUUCUCACUGGGAAGAAAGGGACUGUUACUAAUUUAUGUCGAUUUUAUUUUAAAUAUUUAUGAGUAAAGUUUACGCAGAUAAAACGAUAGUAUAGUGAUGGUAGAUGUUUAAACUCUAUAUUCACUCAGCAAAUUUGAAUUUCUUACUGAUGAAAUCAAAUUAAGUUAAACUUUUUGAUUUCUGGGAAAACAAAGAAUGGAAGGAAUCAGUCAUAUUAUUUUCAGUAAACUUUUCUUAGUAAAACAUUUCUUGAAAAACAUGUUAGAGAAUAGACCAAAUUUCAGUUCUAAAAUGAUCCAGAACAGAAGAUCUUAAACAUUAAUAGCAAUGAGUAGUCUGUUUUACAAUGCUUCAAAGUUUUUUGUUCUGGUUUAAGGAGGGUUUAAGUUCAGUUUCUGUAGGCCUACUUAUAUACCACAUCUCUAGAAACUGGUACUUAAAUAUUGUCACUGGAUAAAUGGCUUUCAGUAGUUCACUGGCAUUUUAUAAUUGUCUGGCGCGCCACAUAAUAAAAAUUACACUUGAAUGUUUUUGUCCUAAUUGAUUUAUUUAUUUAUUUGAUUGGUGUUUUACGCUGUACUCAAGAAUAUUUCACUUAUACAACAGCGGCCAGCAUUAUGGUGGGUGGAAACCGGGCAGAGCCCGGGCGAAACCCCACGACCAUCCGCUGUCAGACCUUCCCACGUACGGCCGUGUCCUAAUUGAGAAGUAAGAUGAAUUGCAGACAUGUAGAUGGCAGACAUUUGAUAAGUCCUUAUUCUCGGUCAGUUUCAGUACAUUACAUAAGAUGUUUUUCUGAAACAAGCUAAUCACACAGAUAAAAAUGUAACAAAAUAUAUCAGUGUGUUAUAUAUAUAAACCAUGUGGAUAUCUGAUUAGAAAAUAUCAGUGUGCCAUUUUUGGCCAGAAUUAGGAAGUUGAAUCAUGGGGAGAGUGUAGAUCUUUUCUUAGAGUGUAGCAUUAAAAUGGCCCCUGCUUAUCUCAUUGUGUCUAUUCUGAGAAUACUGAGGCAGCACCAUGAAUUCACUGUGCACUGUAACCUAUGGUGAUCUUUCGACCUAUAAUGUCUUUAAAUCGUUUCUGAAUGUUGCCAGACUGAUGAGUAUGUAAAUUCUGACAACUCAGCAUUGAAUGGUAUCAGAUCCUCUGCAUAUGUCUCUUCUGAGAACAUAGCACUGAAUGGCGCCUAAUAAACAGUAUAUAUGUCCAUUCUGAGAACUUUGUGAUGGAUGGCGCCAACUUGUUUCUAAAUAUCUCUUCAAAGAACAUAGCAUUGAAAUGGCACAGAGCCCUCAGUAUAUACCUCUUUGAAAACAAAACGCUGAAUUGUAUCAAAUCUGUUACAUAUGAAUUUCCUAAGAAAUAGCAUUGAAGUGCUCCAAAUUGUCUGUUGAGAUAAAGCAAAUAGCAUCAAAUGGUGCCAAAUACUUGGCAUAAAUGUACAUGUCUCUUAUUAGGCGAAGACAGUCUUGGAUGGUGUUAAAUCUGUUGAAUAUCUUUCUUCUGAGAAUAUAAUCAUGGUGAAU